AUGAGUCGAACGGAGGCUGAUCUGGCCAUCAAUAUCCGAAAGGCCACUAGUAUCGAGGAAACCGCUCCCAAACGGAAACAUGUGCGAAGCUGCAUUGUCUACACGUGGGACCAUAAGUCGUCGGCGGCUUUCUGGGCCGGCAUGAAAGUGCAGCCCGUUCUCGCCGACGAGGUCCAGACAUUCAAGGCCCUCAUCACGAUACACAAGGUUCUCCAGGAGGGUCACCCGAUCGUCGUGCGCGAGGCGCAGCAGCACUCCAAUUGGGUUGACAGCUUGAUGCGAGGAGUUGGAGGCGAUGGUGUAUGCGGAUUGUUUGAAUAUGAGGAAUAUAUCAGUUUGAAGACGAUCAAUGAUCCGAAUGAAGGUUAUGAGACUAUUACCGAUCUUAUGACCCUGCAGGACCAGAUCGAUGCUUUCCAGAAGCUGAUCUUCUCGCAUUUCCAAUCUGGUACUCACAAUGAGUGCCGUAUCUCUGCCUUGGUGCCGCUUGUGCAGGAGAGCUAUGGAAUUUAUAAGUUCAUCACUAGCAUGCUGCGAGCUAUGCACACAACCACUGGUGAUGAUGAAGCCCUUGAACCGCUCCGAGGCCGUUACGAUGCCCAGCAUCACCGUCUUGUUCGAUUCUAUUACGAGUGCUCGAACCUCCGUUAUCUUACCAGUCUAAUCACCAUCCCCAAAUUGCCGCAGGAUCCACCAAGUCUCCUGGGAGAAGAUGACGAGCGACCAGCUCUGCCCAGACGCCCAGCCAGGGAGGUGGAAGCUCAGCCUUCUCCCCCACCCAAGGUGGCCGCCGAGCCAGAGCCCAUCAGCGACUUCUGGACCACCGAGGCGAGACGCCAGCAAGAAGAAUAUGAGGCCGAGCAAGCCCGUUUGGCGCAGCAGUGGGAAGAGCAGCAGCGUCAGCAGCAGGCUCACCAACAACAAGCCCAGCUUGACUUCGAGGAACAGCAGCGCCAGCAGGCUGAGCAGCAACGCUUGGCACAAGAGCAACUCCUUCGCGAUCAAUACCAAACACAUACCCAAGGUCGCUUGGCUGAGCUGGAGCAAGAGAAUCUGAACGCGCGUGCGCAGUACGAGCGGGAUCAGCUAAUGCUUCAGCAGUAUGACCGCCGUGUUAAGGACUUGGAGGAACAGAUGAACAACCUGAAUUCGAACAUCAAUCUGCAAAACUCCUCCAAGGACGAACAAAUCCGGGCUCUACAGGAACAGGUUAACACCUGGCGAUCCAAGUAUGAAGCCCUCGCCAAGCUCUACUCGCAGCUGCGACAAGAGCAUCUGGAUCUCUUGACGACUACCAAGAGCUUGAAGAUCAAGGCCGCAUCCGCACAGGAGGCGAUUGACCGCCGCGAAAAGCUGGAGCGCGAGCUCAAGACCAAGAACUUGGAGCUGGCUGAUAUGAUUCGGGAGCGUGAUCGUGCUUUGCACGACAAGGACCGUGUCUCUGGUACCAACAAGGAAGAUUUGGAGAAGCUUAAGCGGGAGCUCCGCAUGGCGAUUGACCGUGCUGAGAACGCUGAGCGAUCAAAGGGCACUGAGAUCUCAUCUAUGCUGUCCAAGUAUAAUCGUGAGAUGGCCGACUUGGAAGAGGCUCUUCGGAAUAAAAACCGUGCUUUGGAGGACAUUCAAGGCCGCAACUCCGAACGUUCGGGAGACCACGAUCUCGCUCUCCAAGAAAAGGAUGAGGAGAUUGAGGUUUACAAGUCUGGUAUGGAGCAGGCUCUUAUGGAGCUGGAGGAGCUGAAGCUGAACCAAGGUGAUGUGGACCAUGCGCUUGACAGCCAAAUCGACACAGUGCUUCACGGAACGGUGGCCAAGAUCAACGAUAUCAUUGACUCUGUGCUGCAAGCCGGUGUACAGCGCGUAGACGACGCGAUGUAUGAGCUGGACUCGUCCAUGCAAGCCGGUAACCAGAAUGCCUCGCCUCCAUACGUGCUGUCACAGAUCGAGAAGGCCGCGGCUUCCGCCACCGAAUUCUCAACCGCCUUUAACAACUUCAUCGCCGAUGGACCCAACAGCCCGCACGCCGAGAUCAUCCGCACAGUAUCCGUCUUCUCAGGCUCAAUUGCCGAUACGCUGAGCAACACCAAGGGUCUGUCCCGCUUUGCCAACGAUGACAAGAGCUCGGAUCAACUGUUUGGCGCGGCUCGCAAGUCCGCACAGGCUACAGUCCGCUUCUUCCGCGGCCUGCAGUCAUUCCGCCUUGAGGGCAUGGAGGCCGACCACAAGACCGACGUCGUCAUCAACAAUAACCUGGAAGUGCAGCGAGACCUGCAGUCCCUGUCGAAGCUGGUUGAGUCCUUCACCCCCAAGAGCAGCAAGAUCAGCACCAAGGGCGAUCUCGGCGACCUCGUCGAUUCCGAACUCACAAAGGCCGCCGAUGCAAUUGAGGCCGCUGCCGCGCGCCUGGCCAAGCUCAAGAACAAGCCCCGUGAUGGCUACUCUACCUACGAGCUUCGCAUCAGUGACUCCAUCCUGGCCGCUGCUAUUGCCGUGACCACUGCGAUCGCAGAGCUGAUCAAGGCCGCCACCGUCUCGCAGGAAGAAAUUGUUCGCGAGGGCCGCGGUAGCGCUUCCAAAACAGCCUUCUACAAGAAGAACAACCGCUGGACAGAGGGUUUGAUCUCCGCAGCCAAGGCCGUUGCCGGUUCGACCAACACUUUGAUCGAGACCGCUGAUGGUGUCAUCUCCGGUCGCAACUCGCCCGAACAACUCAUCGUUGCGUCCAACGACGUCGCCGCCAGCACUGCCCAGCUCGUCGCCGCUAGUCGUGUCAAGGCUACCUUCAUGAGCAAGUCCCAGGACCGACUGGAGGGUGCUAGCAAGGCCGUUGGAGCCGCUUGCCGCGCCUUGGUGCGACAAGUGCAGGAUAUCAUCAAGGAGAAGCACAGCGGUGAUAAUGAGGCGGAGGACUACGCGACCCUGAGCUCUCACGAGUUCAAGGUGCGCGAGAUGGAGCAGCAGGUCGAAAUCCUACAACUGGAGAACGGACUCGCCCGCGCCCGCCAACGCCUCGGCGAAAUGCGCAAGAUCUCAUACCAGGAGGAGUAA